AUGGCUUCCGCAAUUCCAACCCGAACGGGCGCAGCCCUCCAGAAUGACCUGCCAGACCUUGUCGUCGACAAGAAAACCAAGAAAGAAUACGUCCGCGGCAGGUUUCUCGGCAAGGGUGGAUUUGCAAAAUGCUACGAGCUAACGGACAAAGCCACCAACGUAGUCUAUGCAGGCAAAGUGGUCUCCAAGGCACUUCUCCUCAAGCCACACCAGAAAGAAAAGAUGGCCCAGGAAAUACAAAUCCACCGGAGCCUCGAUCACAAGCACAUUGUAGCUUUCAACAGUUACUUUGAAGACGAAAAGAAUGUUUACAUUGUCCUGGAGCUUUGCAGCCGACGGAGUCUUAUGGAAAUGCACAGGCGUCGCAAGAUGCUCACGGAGGGGGAGGCUCGUUACUUCCUACACCAGCUUCUUCUUGCGUGCCGCUACCUCGUGCAAGAGAAGGUCAUUCACAGAGACCUCAAGCUGGGAAAUCUUUUGCUCAAUGACAAGAUGGAGCUCAAAGUGGGAGACUUUGGGCUUGCCACCCGCUUGGAAUUUGACGGCGAGAGGAAGAAGACUCUCUGCGGCACGCCCAACUACAUAGCGCCUGAAAUACUCUCCAAAAAGGGGCACAGCUUUGAGGUUGACAUCUGGUCUAUCGGAUGCAUCUUGUUCACCCUUCUUGUUGGUCAUCCGCCAUUCGAGACUCAGACCUUGAAAGAGACUUAUGUUCGCAUAAAAAAAAAUGAAUAUCAUGUGCCUUCAUCAGUGAGCUCUGCUGCCAGAAAGCUCAUCAGAAAAAUGCUGCAACAAGAUCCAGAGAAGCGUCCCAACAUAGAGGCCAUUUUCCAGGAUGAAUUCAUGACAUGGGGACCGCUUCCGUCCCGUCUCCCCACAUCUUGCCUGACCACCGAGCCCCGCAACGACACGCUCAAUGCCACCCUGACUGUGAAUGGCCGCAAGCCCUUGCUGGAGCGAAAUGAAGGCCCUGGUGAGUCUCCAGGUGAUUCUCGGAAGCCUGCUUCAGAGAGCCCGGCCAGCAAGGAUGCUCCACGAGAGGCUCAUCUCAGCGAGCUUCAACGCCUCCUGAGGCACCUGAUCAGCGCUCGUCCGCCCGAGCUGCGCUUUGUACGUCCCGAUGAGGCGGAGGAUCCGGCUUCCGUGCCGGUGUUCUGGGUCAGCAAGUGGGUGGACUACACUGACAAGUACGGUCUGGGCUACCAGCUGUGCGACAACAGUAUUGGCGUGGUAUUCAAUGACACUACCCGAGUCAUCCUGCUCAACAACAACCUGAGCUUGACGUACGUCGAUGAGGACAGCAUUGAGCACUACCAUUCCCUGGAAGAGUAUCCGCCAUCACUGGAGAAAAAGAUCACGCUGCUAAAAUACUUCUGUACGUACAUGAAGCAGUACCUUCUCAUGACAGGCGCAGAUGUCAGCCCCAGGGAAUGUGAUGAUCUGGUCAGGCUGCCAUGCCUACGGGCAUGGCUGCGAACACGGGCAGCAAUCGCUUUCUACCUGACCAAUGGAACGGUCCAGAUCAACUUUUUCCAGGACCACACGAAGCUCAUCUUGUGCCCCCUGAUGGCAGCAGUGUCGUACAUAGACAACAACCGGGUUUUCCACACGUACCGGCUUGAGACACUUCAUAAGGGCUGCCCACCUGAGCUGUUCUCUCGGCUGAAGUAUGCACGGACAAUCUUAGACCGGCUGACCAGCGAGUCUUCCUAGUCCGGCCGCCUUAUAUCCCAUCCGUACAACUGCAAGGACGUGGCCGGACCCAGGCGAACGGGGGCGGCGCGCCGUUGA